UCAGUUAAGAUGUGCAUUUCCAGCGGUGCGAACGUGUCGCGGGCGCGUCAGCUGGACCAAUAGCCAAAAAAAAAAAAAGAAAAGGGAAAUCAAAAGAAGCAAACACAUUUAUUUAGAGCCAAGGCAGCGCCAAAACGAGUCAAGAAAUGCCCACGCCCGAUUGAGUGUAGUAUUUAGUGAGGCGCGCGAGUCGAGCUAGCAACCGUCUAGAUAUAAUUGUAAAUAAACAAACAGAGACACGAACCAAAGAUACAUUUCAUUAGCAAAGAUAUUCAGACUGUUGAUCAAGUGCAAAUACCAAAAAAAAAAAAAAAAACAUUAAAAACAAAGCAAAAUACCGCCAGUUCGUGGAAUGAUGCGGCUAAAGCGAGGCGUUAGCGCAAUGUGAUCGGGCCGAUCGAUGGGAACGAGAUCGAGAUCGCGAUAUCGAGCGUGGGGUUCUGGUGCCGCCCAGGCGAUGAGUCCCUAUUGUAUAUAGUCAAUAUUAAUGCGGGCAAUCUUUUUCCAUAGUAUUCGUUUUAUCUGUCUGUGUGAUUCUCUCUAUAUGUAAUUGUAUCUGUAUCCGUGUCUGUGCACAAAAAUACCAUAAACAAAAAAAAAAAAAAUUAAAUCUUAAAUAAUUCAAAGUAAAUUAAUCAAAAGUCGCGCGAGCCACAAAACACACAAGUUUCGGUGCAAAACGGGUAAGAAAACAUAAUCGAAUUAUUACGAAUCACAAAACUAUGCUAGGCAUUAGAUAAAUUAUUAGAAUUAAUUGGGUGUUAGAGCAAUAAAUACUAAACGCGCGCAAACGAAUUGCAAAAUAGCCGGCCGCAUUUUCUAACUUAAUUGUAAAUAUAUAUACGAUAUAUAUAUACUUAUAAAUAUAUAACCAAGCGAGGCGGGCAGCGCCAGCAUGGGACCAAUCCGACGCUAGACAGAGAUAGACACAGCAACAACAUGGACUACGCCAAGGUGGAUCCGAUCAUCAAUACGGGCAACAUAAGCACCGAUGAAUUUCUGGCGGUAUUCACAAGCGCUGUCCCAACCACAACAACAACAACAUCGCCGCUGCCAAACGGACAACCAGGUGGCACACUCAAUCCGCCGCUGGUAACCGUCGACGGGCUGCUCGAUCUGACGCCGUCGGUGAAUGACACGAUCUAUCUGCUAAAUGGCAGCUUGUACAACAGCAGCCUGCAGCUGGCGGGCAGCUAUUACAAUCAGACGCCGGCCAAUCUGAGCCUGGGUCUGUUGGGUAACGGCAGCAAUGCAACGGAGCUGCACUGGGAUGGACGCUAUCCGAGCGGAUAUACGCUGACGCACAUUGUGAUCGCCUCGAUCAUUGUGACCAUACUGAUGAUCAUCAUUGUGGUGGGCAAUAUGCUGGUGAUCAUUGCCAUUGCCACAGAGAAAUCGCUGAAGAACAUACAGAACUGGUUCAUUGCCUCGCUGGCCGUGGCCGAUUUCUUUUUGGGCCUUAUCAUAAUGCCCUUCUCGCUGGCCAACGAGCUGAUGGGCUACUGGAUUUUCGGUAGCUGGUGGUGCGACAUACACUCGGCCAUGGAUGUGCUGCUCUGCACCGCGUCCAUUAUGAAUCUGUGCCUCAUCUCGCUGGAUCGCUACUGGAGCAUCACCAAGGCCGUUGACUAUCUGAAAUCGCGCACACCCGCCCGUGCCGCUGUCAUGAUCACCGCAGUGUGGAUUAUGUCGGCACUGAUAUGCAUUCCGCCGCUGCUCGGCUGGAAGGUCAAGAUGCCCGAGGGUCCGCUGCCAAAGUGCGAGCUAAGCGAGGACAUUGGCUACGUGCUCUACUCGGCGCUGGGCUCCUUCUAUAUACCCAGCUGCAUCAUGGUCUUUGUGUACAUACGAAUUUACUUUGCCGCCAAGGCGCGGGCGAGACGGGGCAUUAAAAAACAUCCGCGCAAAACAAACAACGAACAGGUAACGAGCUUCACCACCGCCAACAACAAGAAAGGAACAAUACCGAUGCCAUCCUCCAGCACCGCCGGAGCCCAACUGCAGCUGCAUCAGCAGCGACAGAUAGCCACCAUUGAGACCCCACCGAAUAGCGCGACUAUGCCCAUGCAAAUACCGACAGUCACCAUGGACCUGGCCUCCGAUAUAUCCACCUCGGAGGCGGGCGAGCUGGAGGCCGUGGCCGCCCAGGCGGCGCUGGCCUAUGCCAAUCCCAAUGGCGGUUCCAGUACGGCCGCGGCACUGGAUGGCCUGCCGCCCUGCUCGCCAAAGGAAACGCUGCAGGUCAGCACAAUUGCGACGGGCCGCGGCGUUGGGCUCAAUGUACCCGUGCCACCUUCGAUGGGCAGCAACAACUCGAUCAAUGUGCUGAACAACAACAACGGCUGCGUGGCCACAGAUGCCGUUGGAGCCGCGCAGCCGGGCGCCAAUAGCAACAGCAACAGCAACAGUGGGGCAGCUGGCGGUGCGGCAAGCAGCAAUGAGCUGCGCGUCUCGCCCAUUGCCGGACGCUGUCGUGCCCUAUCCGUGGGCAUUGAUACGGACAUGGUGAGUGAAUUCGAUCCUUCCAGCUCGGAUUCGGGCGUGGUCAGCCGCUGUGCGGUAGUCAAGCCGCUCAAAUUUCGCCUUUGCCAGCCCAUCUUUGGACGCAAAUCGAAUCAGCAGCGCCGCAACGAGGCCAAGGCAGCCGCCGUUGCGGCCAAGAAUAAUGCAGCCGUCGUUGCGGCCAAGGCCAAGGAGCUGACGGCCAAAGCCGAACUCGAACCGGCCAUACCGAAAACGCCAAAGCCCCGGGAUCCGGAGAAGGAGAAGCGACGCAUUGCACGCAAAAAGGAGAAACGCGCCACACUGAUCUUGGGCCUAAUCAUGGGCAGCUUUAUCGCCUGCUGGCUGCCCUUCUUCUUUCUGUAUAUACUGGUGCCGGCGUGUAGCAGCCAUUGCAAUAUACCGGAGUCGGCGUUCGCGAUUGCCUUCUGGCUGGGCUAUAUGAAUUCGGCACUAAAUCCGGCCAUCUAUACCAUCUUCAACAAGGACUUCCGACGCGCCUUUCGGCGCAUCCUGUUCAAGUGAUGUUUGGCCUACGUGUGCUGCUACAAGUGCGUCUAUGCCAGCAUCGAGAAGGCCACAGAACGCGCAAUGGGCAGCACACCCAUGGGCUAUGGGCAUGGCAUGUAUCAGCAUUACAAGCGUUAGAUAUGCAUUCAGUUAGUAAAGGAUAUAUUCUUUCUUUAUAUUAUUAUUAUUAUUAUUAUUAUUUGUUGUAAAAGUAACGAACAUUGUAGCUCAUUUCAAAAGCAA